AUGGCCGUCUGGGCCGCAGCCAACGACGCGGAGGGCAUCAUGAGGUUGCAUCAUGUCAGGGGCUCUGGCGAUGAGGGCCCGGUCCGUCUCAACUUCGCCUCCAAGACCAGACAAACUUGGCACCAGCUUUCGACGGCUUCCUUCCCCGGGCCAACUCCGCAACUGUUGAUAUCAUCCGCCGCUGACGGCCGCGGCUGGUCAAGAGACACAACCUGGAACCAACAGAGAUGCAGCCCUCUGGCGUUCGAGCUGCGGCUACACGCUCAUCGCCAAUAG